AUGUCAGGCAACAAUCAACGUAUCAACAUCUUCCCAACUCGCAUGGCGUUGACGACCAUGAAGUCUCGUCUCAAGGGUGCUCAAACGGGUCAUUCGCUCUUGAAACGCAAAGCUGAAGCACUUACUAAACGCUUCCGUACUAUCACUCAUCGUAUUGACGAACUCAAACGCAAAAUGGGUCAAAUCAUGCAAGCCGCAUCGUUUUCGUUAGCUGAAGUUCAGUAUACUGCAGGAGAUAUCAGUUAUCAAGUGCAAGAAGCUUCCAAGUCUGCUCAACUACGUGUGCGUGCUGAACAAGAAAACGUAUCCGGUGUCAUGCUACCCACGUUUGCCAUGUAUACCGAAGGUGGCAAUGCUUUUGAAUUCACCGGCUUGGGUCGAGGUGGUCAACAUGUUCAAAGAUCGAAAGAGGUUUACAGAAAAGCAGUAGAGACCCUGAUCGAGUUGGCUAGUCUGCAGACUGCCUUUGUGAUCUUGGAUGAGGUGAUCAAGGCAACCAACCGCCGUGUGAAUGCCAUUGAGCAUGUCAUCAUUCCCCGCUACGAGAAUACCAUCAAGUAUAUCAUUUCUGAGCUUGACGAACAAGACAGAGAAGAAUUCUUCCGACUGAAAAAGGUGCAGGGCAAAAAGAAGGAUCAUGCAGCUGCCGAAGAAGCCGAACGCGUUAAGGCUAAAGAACAACUUGGCGAAGCUCCCAUCUUCCGUACUGCUGAUGAAACUGGCCAAAUCGAUCUCAUUGACCAAAAGGAUGAAGAUGUUAUCUUUUAA